AUGAUCGUUUGGGUUCAGCUCCCUGCUCUGAAAAUCCAUUUUUACCAUAAGGAGGUAAUUACUAUGUUGGGGAAUCUUAUUGGCCGAACCAUUAAGCUGGACUACCAUACGUUAACCCAGCAACGAGCUAAGUUCGCUCGGGUAGCCGUAGAAGUUGAUAUCUCCAAAGCUCUGGUCCCCCGAAUAUGGCUUGACGGCGAGUGGCAAACGGUUGAAUACGAGAACCUUCCUGCGGUUUGUUUUGAUUGCGGGAGGAUCGGACACAAUAAGGGAACAUGUCCCCAGAAUAAAAUGCAAGAGGCAUCAUCCCAAGGUAACGUCGCCGGAGGGUCGCCGCCGGGCAGUCAGACACAACCACCAGAAGAUUCCAAUCCGGGCUUUGGACCGUGGAUGCUGGUAUCAAGGAAAUCCCGGCGGAAAUCGGGGGAUGGGCAAAGAAAAGGAAAGGAGGAGCAUGAUACAGGGAAUCAAAUCACAAUUGCCAAGAAUAAGAUCCAUGAAGCCGCCGACAAUGAUGCAAUUCAGCCGCCAUCCCUGUUGACAACCUCCAACGGCCCUAUACUCCAACGCGAUUCAGUACAAGAAAGGAAAGUGGUGGUUAAUGGGAAUAAAAGGGAUGCAGUUGCAGGGCCAAAGCCAAACUCGAGGAAUGGGGCCUCGUCUUCAAGUGAUCGGCCGGAUCCACUUUCCUGCCAGCCGUCCGCUUCGAAAAGCCCGGACUUGACAGUUGGGCCUGCAACCCAGAGCGGGGUCAACGAUCUGCCCGAGCCUCCUGCCUUCAAGACUGUUAUGGGCCCUAAUGGAACAUUGAUGCAGAUUAUUGAGAGCCCACAACCCUCAAGAGCUAUCGGCGACACAACCCUUUCUUUGACUGCAAGAACGAAACGGAGCAAGGGGAAGAAAGUGCAAGGAAAGAAGUCGCCGACCAAGUUGAACCCGAUGAAGCCUCUCCAAAUUUGGUCUCCGAUCAAGGAUAGGAAACCAAAAUCCAAAUCGCGCUUGGCGUCCCUGACCUUGCAGGAGAUUAGCGCUUGGACGGAGGCGGCGAAAAGACCAGCGAAUGACGGUAGGGAGAAUGAGAAGACUGGGUCGGAGGAGCAGCUACAGGUUGUGGCUCAGAGCGAUGUAGCUCGCAUUUAG